GGUGGGGAUCCCACCAUGGAAGGCCUCACUGCCUUCACCAGUGAGGAGGAGGUCCUGGAUGGGUACCAGGUCCUCAGGGUCCUCGGCCAGGGCGGUUUUGGGCUGGUGAUCCUGGCCUAUCAUUGGGAAAGCAGGACCCAGGUGGCUGUGAAGGUUGUGGAGAAUGGUGGCCAGCACUCCUGCAGCUUCCAGCAGUUGUGCACAGAAGCAGAAAUAAUGAAGGGGCUGCAUCACCCUCACAUCAUUCAACUACUGCAGGUCAGGCACACCACAGAGAGGGGCUACAUUUUCAUGGAGUGCGCAGUCAGGGGGGACCUUAGAUGUUACAUGGUAGAACGAGGGUACCUGCUGGAUGGAGAGAUCCGUCAGCUAUUUAAACAAAUUCUAUCCGCUGUGCAUUACUGCCAUUCGCAGCACGUGGUGCACAGGGAUUUAAAGUUAGAAAACCUGCUUCUCGACGCCCACCUAAACAUUAAGUUGAGCGAUUUUGGUCUCAGCUGCAAACUGGCUGGUGGAGAGCGCCUGAAGAGUCUGUGCGGGACCUUUGCCUACUGUGCGCCCGAGGAAUUCUUAGGAGCAGGAAGUCUGGGAAUUCCCAUGGGGCCUCUGCCCUCCACUGUGGCUUCAUGAAUGGGAUGACCCCUUGCCCCCUGUGCCACGCUGGGGGAUCUCCCAACAGCAGGGCUUCAGCAUCCCAGAAAUACAUAGACAGAGCCAAGUGGAGCCUGCAGUACCUCCUCAGGGUCCUGAAGCUCUAAGCUCCCUUGAGGACCUGGGAUUCCAGCUGGGCCAUCAAGCAGGCUCCCUGCCACCCAGGCUCCAAGCCAGUGCCUUGUGCCCAGGACUUCAGCAGGAUCACAGCAAAGGGAAGCCCAUGCCUCAGGCCAUCCCCGGUGCUCAGAGCUGUCCCGUUCUCCAGUGCCUCCAGGGACACUCAGGCUGCAACAGCAGAGCCCGUGAGUGUGCCGCUCUCAGCUCCCAACCACUGGUGCUUGCAGAAGGCCAGUCGGGGCAGACUCCUUGCCAUGGGACUCCCAGUGUGAGCAUCAGUGAGUCCUGCAGGACAGACAGGUCCCAGCUGGCCGUGUGGACAAGGAGCCCCGCUGCCUGUGCAGUCCUCAGCCAGGAUGCUCUGUCCUCUCUCUCCACCACACUGAGCACCAACAGCAGUGAGGCUGAUGUAGAAGUCAGGAGCUGCUCCCCGGGUGCCUCAGAGGAACAGAGCAUCCCAGGAAUGCAGCAGCAGGAGGAGGAGGAGGCAGGGACCUCAGACAUGCAGGCCAGAAAGGGCAAGGGUCGCCUGGGGAUUGGCAGGAGGAUCAUCCAAUGCUUCAGCUGGAUGUGUUGUGUCCUGCCAGCCCCAGAGGAAAGCCCUUGAGUGCAGAGAGGAAAGUGGCCUCUUAGUAGCCUCUUGGGAAAUGCCCCCGAGGAGGGGCCCUUCAAAGAGGAGUGAAGCAAUGAAGGGGUAGUCAUGGACUCCUGUCUGGGAGGAGGGCAGGUGAGGAGGCAGCAAGAGAAAUUGCAGGCAGAGAGGGAAGAUAUUGUUGCAUUUUUCAGAUGGCCAUAAGGAAACAUGUUUGCAUGGUUAGGGGUCAUGACGUUUUCCCAAGAUAGAAGAACAUGGUGUUCCAUUUUGUUUAGAAAAUUGAUCCAUGAAUAUCACUCCCUAGUUAAACUUCCUGUAUGCAGGCUUUAUUGGACCCCUCCCUUAGUCCCCCUUCUGGCUGGCAGGGAUAUCAUUUUCUCACGAAAACCUACUUUUGCUUUUUCUCCCUCACCCUCAUGAUCCGUGUUGGGAUUAUGUGAGAGAAAGAAUGGACUUGAACUUCCUGCAGCAUCGUUGGUGCCGUGACGUGGAUGGCCUCAGCUCCAUGGGAAAGGAGCCCUGUCAUCUCUGGAUCGUCUUUCUCUGUGCAACCUGGCUCCUACUACCUCUCUGCCUUGUUAGGGACAACCUUCUCCUCCCCCCGCCUCUGGUUCACCCUCCCUCCUGUGCCCUCUGCCUGGAGCCUCAAUGCUCCUCCAUAUUCCUUGUCCCAAUCAUCUGGACCAUGCUAACGUAUCUCUGGGGGUCUCUGUGUAAGUGUCACUGCACCAGGGAACCUGCUGGGUGGCACGUUGGAUCCUCCUGUGGCUGUGACAAGCUCCCUCCUGCUGUCUCCUUCAUGUAUUGUGCCUUGUGUUUUCUUUUAUUUGACAGGUAGAGAUAUAGACAAUGAGAGAGAGAGAGAGAGGUCUUCCUUCCAUUGGUUCACUCCCCAAAUGGCCGCUAUUGCUGGUGCUAAACCAAUCUGAAGCCAGGAGCCAGGUGCUUCUUCCUGGUCUCCCAUGUGGGUGCAGCAGCCCAAACACUUGCACUGCCUUCCUGGGCCACAGCAGAGAGCUGGACUGGAAGCCGAGCAACCGGGACUAGAACCCGGCGCCCAUAUGGGAUGCCGGCACCACAGGCGGAGGAUUAACCAAGUGAGCCACAGUGCCAGCCAGUACCUUGUGCCUUGUAAUGACCCAUUCUUCAGCUAGACGGUAAGGUUUAGAAGGUGUCAUUUUUCUUUCUUUUAUACUCAGCUCUUCGUGUAGUCCCUCGUGUGUGGGAAUGAGAGUCAGGCUCAAGCAGAAGCUCAUGUCAUAUUAGUUAAUGUAUAAUCAAGGCUACACCCAGGCCCCCAAGUUCUCACUCAUGGGUCCUGUCUAGGCCCCACCCACUGAUGCGGCCAGAAGCCACCUGGAAAGCAACACCUCGAAGAACACGACUGCCUGCUGGGAGCAGCUGUUCCGCCCAGGUCCAGGGGAGAAUCUUGUGGUUGUACUGGAAGCAUCAGGGCAACCAUUUUACAGGCUCCUAGGAAGCAGGAAGAGGAGGGCCUUAGAGAUGCCCUUUCCACCCACUCCCAGCCUGCCCAGGAAGGAGCCACAGGAAGGCCACAGCAAGGCCAUGUAAGUGCGGCAGCUCCAAAGUGGGC